UUAUGGCAAUGUAAUAACCAGAUUUCACAGAAAAAAAUCCUCUCCCAUCAAAAUGCCAAACUAAGCGGUCCUCUUGCAUGUGAAUUCCAAUUGGAAUAGGCAAAAUGUGCUCAAUUUCUUCGUCCUGCUUAAGCAAGUUCAAAUCCCACGAGUUGGAACAGAGUCUACGAGCUGAGAUACCAUUUCAUACAAUCAACCGACAGAAUUACUAUCCUAUAAUAUAAAGUGCAGUUGCCUAUAAACAGUCUUUUGAGUCCAGCCUCUUCUGCAAUCUUCUCCACGAUUCUUAGCCGUAUCUCAUCUCUGUCUGAGCAAGAUCUGCUUUAUUGUUUGAGAGAGAGAGAGAGAGAGAGAGAGUGAGGGCAGGUGAGAUGAUCGGAAAACCGAAGAACCCGAGGAAGCAUCAUCGGAGGUCUGCGAUGAGAUAUGGGGUGGAUUUUCUCCUUGAUUUGCAGAUCCCAUCUCUUUGUCUGAGCAAGCUUUGCGUUAUCUUUUGAGAUAGAGAGAGUGAGGGCAGCAUUCCCUUUGAUUGUGAGUGAAGGAUUCGGUGAGUCGCUCGUGGAUUUUUGUCUUUCAGGGCGUUCUUUCUUAGUAUGCGCUUAAUACUUUCAUUCAUAAACCAAUUGCUUUAAAAAAAAAAAAAUUAUUUACACUUAAAAUUUGGUGAAGUUGUGAAUUUGUAUGGUUACAGGUGUGUUGAGAGAGAGGAAAAGCAUAUGCUGCUGUUAUUCUACUGGCAUUUUUGCUGUUAGUUAUUUUAGAAGAAGGGAUGACAUAUGUGCAAUACUAGCUUUUUAUCAAUGGAAAGACAUUUACCAUUUGGAAAUAUAAAGGGGUUAUAGAUUAUAGUUUUCAUUUGGGAUGUGAUGUUUAGGUUAUAUAACAUCUCGAGCCUUCAUGUUAUCUCUGCAUUUAGAUUUAUGAGAAUAUUGAUGAUCUUUGCCAGCUGUACUUUUGUUGUCCUUUUCCUUUAUAAGCAUGUAGCUCUAUUGUGGGUAUAUAUAUAUAUUAUAUUGUCAAGUUGUUUGAUUUGAUCUAUUUAUUGAGGCAGCAGAGGAACCGCAUGAGCAAGGCCUUAAAGAAAGAAACCAAAAUGAUUCUUUGGUUUUUUUGAGUUGGUGACAUAGGCUGUGGUAUAAACCUUGAAAAUGUCGGGAAAUCACUAUAUACAUUUUGAAAGUAAACAUUCUAUUUGGAGAAUUAAUGUUAGAUUGUUUCCCAUGUUUAGCAGGAAUUGACUCAAGCAAUUGGGAAUCAGUAUUUGGAAGCUUUAAGCAAGCGGAUCUCUCAACAAAUAGAUUGAGUGGCAAAAUGUUUGUAGAGACCCCAUAGUUGCAUGGAAGCAGUGGUCUUGGACUCUGCAUUGUUUGAACCUUGGUUCAUAAGAUGGGCGGAGAAAUAAAAAGUUGUAAAGAAGAAUGGACUAGGAGCUCUAAUGUGGCUUUACUUGCUUCUUAGUACAACUGUAUAUGGCGCAGAACAGCAUUUCCCAGUAGAUUUUGCAAGGCAUAAUGUUGUGAUUCUGCUAGCACUAUAUGGCUUAAUGGGUAGAAUUAUUAUGUCCCAAUGGUUGCUUAAAAUUGGACUUCCCACUUUAGGAGUAUCUGAGUGGAAUCAGCUGAUAUAAGUUCUUCAUGAGUUCUUUUACUUGAGAAGACACAGUAGUGCCUUUGAGGCUCUUUGUUCUCUGAAUGAAACAUAAAUUAAGAGAGCGUUGCAGUUAUGUGGGUUCAGAUAAAUUGAUGGUAGGUUUGAAAGCAGGGCAACGGUGUAAAAUUCAUUAGUCGCAGUGGUGGUGGUGAACUUAAAAAUAAAAAAAGAAAAGGAAAACCAACCCUAUUAAGAACCCAUAAAGCAACCGCAAACAGAAGCAUCUCAAAGAGAAACAGAUUGGCCCAGCAGCCAAAAACGAGUGCAUUAAUAUUUUUUCAGAAGUUACAAAGCAUGGGAUCAAUCCUGGUUCAAAUUUGAUCAACUCCUGGGGGGAAUUAAGAAGUUAGGAGUGUUGUUGAGAUUUAAAGAAAUUUGACCACUUCCUUUAGUUGCCAAAGUGGUGAUUUAAAGGUUACUUGGGAUGGCAUGAGCAGGUUGUUUAUCUUGCUUGGGUGCUCCAAAGAUUUAUCAAGAUUUUACUCAAACUUCACUAGAUGUCUUCAAGAUUCCAUGCAAUCUCAGAAAGAUUAACGGUUAGUGAUGACAGUGAGGAUCUUUCAUUGGAUAUAGUUACUGAGUAUGAUUGGACAUACCAAGGAAUAAUUAUGAUAUUCUACUCUACAUUUAUAUCUAUGCUAACAAAUCAAAUUAAUAUCAACCUUAUAUUAUAAUUUAUGGCAUAAGUUAAUGGAUGAAUAAACAUAAUUCCUAUUUAAAUAUUUUAUUGGGUUUCUUAUGCAAGAUAUAUAUAUAUAUAUAUCAUGUCUCUUUCUUUUGUUAAAAUUUUAUGGUAAAAUGUCAUAGCCCAGCAACAAAAUUGAGAUAAAUUAAUCAAAACAGGAAAAUUAGGCAACACCCAUAUCUGUAGAUUGCAGUCAACAAACAACAACUGAAAUCACCAAAAGAAAAAAAAAAAAAUUAAAGCUAAACCCAACAACACAAGCACUCAAUUGUUGCGAAGUGGAUAUUGGCUACAGUUUGAUCCAACAGCACAUUUUUACCUCCUUUUCAAUCUUUUUUGAAUCCCUUAAUCCAUUGGGUAAGCAAAUUAAUUUAUAUUUUUUAUGGAUUAAUGAAUGAUUAUAGGUGUCUUGCUUUUCGUAGCUCCAUUGCAAAUUUCAAGCAUUUUGGCAAAGUGGUUAUGCAAACUGCUUUUCAUUCUUUCAAGUGGUCUUUAAGCGCUUUGAAUGUUGUUUAUCUUGCUUGGGUGCUCCAAAGAUAUCUUUCUUUUGGAAGAAGGCCUGAAUUUCAAUCUACAAGCAGCUUCCCUAUCACUGCAGAAAUUCUCAAGACAAAUGAUCGUUUGCUAUCUGCUAGAUGUGUGCCAAAAGCAAGUCCCUAUCAAAGCCAAGUACUUGAACGUAUAGCGCUUGUUUGGGCCCCGCAAUGCACCGACGGAUGGAAAUCUUUGCGAGCCUUAUUCAGGACUGAGCUGUUUUCAGCCAAAGCAUUAGAGUCGCAAGCCAGUUUGAGAGAGAAGAAAGUUGCCCAGAUGGUAAAAUUUUUGGAAACCAGACAAGGAAAAGUUGUUAAUAUUGGAGAAGUAGUGUUCACUACUGUUUUUAACACGCUGUCCAAUCUGUUUUUCUCAAAAGACUUCAUUGGUUUAGAAGAUAAAUGUGCGGCCAGUGGAUUGAAAAAUCUUAUCUGGAAGAUUAUGGAAUUGGCCAUUACUCCAAAUAUAGCUGAUUUUUAUCCUAUACUUGCCGGGUUGGAUCCUCAAGGACUAAGAAGGAAGAGCUUAAAAUGUGCUCAAGAAAUGGUUGCCCUUUGGGAAAUUUACGUAAAGGAAAGAAGACAAAAGCAUGGCCAAGAUACUCCAAGAAACGAUUUCUUGGAUGUAUUUCUUGCAAAUGGAUUUCACGGCGAUCAAAUCAAUAUGUUGGCUCUUGAAUUGUUCAGUGCAGGCACAGACACUACUACGACGACAAUAGAGUGGGCAGUGGCUGAGCUUAUCAAGAACAAACAAGUCAUGAGCAAAGUUCGUGAAGAGCUAGACAGAGAAAUCAACAAAGACUGGAUACAUGAAUCUCAGGUUUCUCAACUUCCUUAUUUAAAUGCAUGCAUAAAGGAAACUCUGAGAUUACACCCUCCGGUUCCAUUCUUAAUUCCACGUCGUGCUGUUGAGAAUUGUGAAAUUAUGAAUUAUACCAUUCCAAAAGAUUCUCAGAUAUUAGUCAAUGUUUGGGCAAUUGGACGCGACCCCUCUGCUUGGGAAGAUCCUUUAUUAUUUAAACCUGAAAGAUUUCUUGGCUCAAGUUUAGACUUAAAGGGUCGUGACUAUGAGUUUCUACCUUUCGGUUCAGGAAGGAGGAUUUGCCCCGGACUGCCAAUGGCUACAAGACAACUUCCAUUGAUUUUGGCCUCUCUAAUACAUUGCUUUCAUUGGUCUCUUGAAAAUGGUGAGGAUCCUGUCGAGUUAAACAUGACCGAAAAGUUUGGCAUAACAUUGCAGAAGGAACAUCCUCUACUUAUUGUUCCUAAAAGAAAACUAUAAUUUCAAUGGUUGUUUGUUGAGUAUGUGACACAACCUUUUGUUCCUUUAAAAAGAUUCUAUCUUUAAUAAUAUUGGCAAUGAUUUCAGUCUUUA